UUGAAGCCAACUUGACAGCAGCUAACAACAACCAAACUAAAAUUCCUAGAGGUUCAAUUGCUGCAUCAUGGGGUUUUUUGCAUUUUAAUCUUUGACAUAUAUUGUCAAGAUGCCUGAUGUAGAGGUUAUAUUGCUUUACACUCUCAUCAUCCAUGGGUGAGAGUUCCUAUUUCCCUACAUCUUGGGGUAUGUUUGGAAAUAUUGUUAGGGGCCAGACCAUACAGAGCAUUGUAUACAGGUCUGAACUUGAUCCACAGACCAUGGAAGCCCAUUGUUGGGUUUAGGCAGAGGGUGACAAUGGUCAGGGUUGAUUUUUGAAAGGAAGCUUAUUUUCAUGAUGACAUCAAAUAAAUUUUAUAUAGGGAGUUUUUAUUCUCCAACAGGCAUGAGUGAUAACGUGGUGAGUCAGAGAGUGAUACAAAUAUCCAUUAGGAUUUAAGCCAUGUUGGGGAGAGAAUGUUUAUCAUUUGAGUACAGCUGCUACUGUAGACAAUAGGAUUGGACAUGGGUCCAACUUGAUUUCUUCCCAUUCCCGUAAUUCUAACUUUCCGGCCAUUUUUCUUUUAUCACAUGCUUCCCACAUGCUGAUGGCUUCUCAUGAAACAUUUGGCCCUCAAGGGUAAUGAUGUAAGAUCAGUAGAAAGGGAUUUUUAUCGGAAGCUAACAGUUGACUGAAUGACAAACAGACAGGUGAUAUAGCAACUUUAUCAUUCUCUAGAAGACCAUCUUGCAAAUUAAUUAGAGAUUUAGAGCACUAAACAAAGAGCUGGGUGAGGCAAAAAUACAGACACAUUCAUGCAGAAUCUUUUCUUUGCAAAACCAAAGGUAGCCACCAUUAGGUGAUGCAAAGAGAGAAGGAAAGACUGAUGGUGGGUGAUUGUGAAGAAACAGUAUAUGAGGGACCAGGGAGUAUGCUCCACCAAACACUCCAAGAGUGGCUCAAGGAUGAGUGCCGUGGCCUUAGUACUCCUGGAACUUGUUCUGGGUUUUAGGGUCACGACUGCUGGGCCAGAGGAGGACAGCUUUUGCUCUAAGAGCCAGGUGGCCUUCAGAGAUGCUUGCUAUGAAUUUGUACAACUUGGACUCACUUUCCGUGGUGCCCAGGGCUGGUGCGAGGGGCAAGGAGGCCAUUUGAUCUUCAUUCGGGAUGAAGCCACCCAGCAGUUUCUGCAGAAGCACAUCUCCCAGGACAGGGAAUGGUGGAUCAGGCUUACAGGGAAUUUGGAGCCAAAUGGAACCACAGAAGGGCCAGAAACUUGGUUGGACACCUCCAAUGUGACCUACAGCAACUGGGGUGGAGGGCAGGCUGAGCCUGCCCCCAACACCUGCGGCUACAUUGGGAAAGGCCCUUUGUCCGAGUGGGCCACAACAGACAACUGCUCCCAAGUGUUCGCCUUCAUCUGUGAGUCUGGUGUCGGCCAGAGCCUGGCCUGUGACGGCUUCAAUGCCACCAUGGACUGUGGCUCAGGGGAGGUAAUCCAGAUGCAGGAUGCCUUCUACGGGUGCCAGGCCCCCCACUACUGUACCCAGGACACUGGGCGCCCCACAGACCUGGAGGAGGAGUGCAGCUGGGUCAGUGUGAAGGACGAGGUGGCAGGGCAGUGCCAGGGGCUGCAGGCAUGCCAGGUGGCAGCAGACAGAACCUACUUUGGAGACCUUUGCCCUACUCUGGGCAGCUACUUGUGGGUGCAGUACCAGUGCCUGGAAGGCCUCCAGCUGACAGUGUCCAACGAGAGUUUCAUCUUUAAGAACAUCACCAUCUCCCUGACAUGGCUCCUCUCUCCCUUCAUUGGAAAUCUGUCCUGUAUAAUUAGUAUGGGAGAUGGACACACUUUUGAUCCUUACUACCCCCCCAGUUUGUCCAGCAAUGUGAUCUACCAGUUCACAUCUCCUGGGGAAUUCACAGUGUUUGCUGAGUGCACAACCAGCGAAUGGCAUGUGACAGCUCAGAAGCAAGUGACAAUCCCAGACAAGAUGGAGAGGCUCAGUGUGACUGGGUGUUCCAGCCUGUCCAAGUCAGAGAACAGCCAUCUCUGUCACACUGUCUUUGGGGACCCUCUCUGGAUUCAGGUGGAGCUCGAUGGAGGAAGAGGGGUGACUUACACUGUGCUGUCAGGUAACAUAACCCUGACAGAGUACACCACCCUGAGGGGCCCACUUCCCUACAAUCUGACCCUGGACAGAGAAGCCCAACAGGUGAUGGGCCCAGGGAUGCACCACCUGGAGAUCCGAGCCAUCAGCAACACCACCACCUCUGCGCUCUCUGGCAACAUCACCGUCCACUUUAUGGAGCCACUGUCAGGGCUGCAGGCCUCCUGGGCUUCUGACCAUUUGGAACUUGGAGAGGACCUACUGAUCAACAUUUCAGUGGCUCAUGGCACCCCUGAGGAGCUGACCUUUGAGGUGACAGGACUCAAUGCAAACUUUUCCCAGGAAGAAGAGAGCUUUGGGGAAUCAUUCGGGAUUUACCAUGUGGCAGUUCCUGCUGAAGGCACCUUCCUGGUCACCGUGAUGGUGAGGAAUGCCUUCUCCAACUUGAGUUUGGUAAUCGGAAGCAUCACUGUCUCAGCUCCUCUCAAUCUUCAAGAACCAUCUGAAACAAAUGCUGAGGAAAAGGAUGAAGAGAGAGGGCAAAUCAAGGUAUACGUUGAACCUGGUCAAUACGUGGAUCCUUUCAUGACAAUGACUCUGAGCUGGCCAGACAAUGACAAGAAUUUACACUUCCAAUGGUCAUGCGGGCGUUGCUGGGCUCAGUGGAGCGACUGUGUUCAGAGGCAGCUACUUCGCACAGACCAGAGGGAGUUGGUGGUCCCACCCUUCUGCCUGCCGCCACCAAACUCUGCUGUCACCCUUAAUUUGGCUGUCUGGAGAGGCCAGAAGCUGGAGGACAGGGAGGAGCAGUGCCUAUACAUGUCUGCACCCCUAGAACUCAGGCCUCAAGUCAGCUGUGAGCAGAAUUGCAGGCCAGUGAGUGCUGACGAAGACAUUGUGCUCCGGGUCACAAUGGGAGGUAAUACCUCUGUGGCCACAUUCAGCUGGUAUUUAGAUGACACCUCACUGGAGAAGGCUGAGGCCCUCCCUGCUGCCUGCACACUCAGAGGAUUUUGGCCAAGUUCUCUAACUCUCCUUCAGAGCAACACCUCCAUGCUGCAACUGAAUAGCUCCUUCCUGCCAGCUUCGGGAGAGGGCAUCCGUGUCAGAGCCACAGCACUGUCCAGGCACGCCUACGGUCAGGACACCUAUGUGAUCAGCACCCUGCCUCCCCCUGAGGUGCCAGCCUGCAUCAUCACCCCAGAGGAGGGCACCAUCCUGACGAGCUUCGCCGUCUUGUGCAAUGCCUCCACAGCCCCAGACCCACUGGAGUACUGCUUCUGUCUGGAAUCAGGUUCCUGCCUACACUGUGGCCCUGAGCCAGCCCUCCCAUCAGUUUAUGUGCCACUUGGAAAGGAAAACAACGACUUUGUGCUGACAGUGGUCAUUUCUGUCACCAACCGUGCAGGCAGCAGGCAGCAGACUCAUGUCAUAGUUAAGGUGGGCCUUGGAGACACACGUGUGGAGGAUGCAGUGUUCCAGUCUUCAGUGUUGGAAACCAUUACCUCUGCUCUGGAAGGGGAGCAUAGCCCUGAGCAGCUCCUCCAGCUGACCAAGUCUGUGUCCUCUGUGCUGAACCAGGAGUACCUAGGGAACAGCUUUGGGAAGCUGCUGGAAAUGGACACCAGAAAAAAGGUCAGAGAGUAUGUGCUGGGGUCUCUGUCUGCCAUCGCCACAACCCUGGAAGAGAUUCAGACGGUGCAGAGGCUGGCUGAAAUGCUGAGAGAGGUGACCUACCACAGUGAGGAGCUCACACCCUUGGCCCAGGUGAGUAUUUCCCACCCACUGAGCCACAUGCAGCUCCUUGGUGGUGUGUGUGUGUGACAACUAAGCCUGGCAUAGGUUGGAGGAGUCCUUCAGUCAUGGGACUCUCCUGGGGCCACCAAGACCUCUGCCAUCUUGUUUCUGAGGGUCCUGCAUGGCUGGUGUUGAAGAGGGAAGGUGCCUGCCUGUAUCUCACUCUGGUUAUGAUGGCCUGUUUGCCUACACAACUCACCUAGUGUAUCCCAGGUACUGUGCAAAUCACUGAGGAUUUAGCAUUGAGCCCACAGACAUGGUCCCUGACCUCAUGGCACUUUCAGACUACUGGGGUGGCUAGACAUUAAACAAAUAAUACAUACAUACAUAAUUACAAAAUUAAAAUAAAUGUUAUGUCCAUCUAUCCAUUGUUUAACCAUCUAUCCAUCCAUCCAACCAUUCAUCCAUUAUCCAUCCAUACAACCAUCCAGCUAGCCAGUGAGCCAUCAUCCAUACACCCAUCCAUCAUCCAUUUAUCCACUGACCCAUUCAUCCAUUCAUCCAACCAUUCAUCCAUCCAUCCAUCAUCCAUUUAUCCACCCAUCCAUCCACCAAUCCAUCCAUCCAUUUACCCAUUCAUCCAUUCAUCCAACCAUUCAUCCAUCCACCAUCUAUCCCUCCCAGUCAUCAAAUAUUACUGAAUGCCUACUAUAUACUAGAAAUUGUGCAAGGCACUUUGGGAAGGAUUCAGAGAUAGACCAGACCUGGCUACUCCCCUGAAGGAGCUUAGAGCCUCAUAAGGAGGGAGGGCCUGGCCCCAAGUCAGAAAUACAGGCAGCUUGUAUGACAGCUAUGCACAGUCUGGCCCCACUCUCCCCUGGCUUAUGCCCGGCCUUGCUCCCCUCCACUGCAGUCCUUGUGCCUCAAAUGAUGCAGGGGGCAGUCUAUCCAGGGUAGGAGCUCACAAUGCUUUUCCUUCUCCAUUGGUGAACCUAGUGGGAGGCUAGCCAGGCUCUUCAGCAUGCCAGUGAGGCCCUGUUGUCAGUGAGUGCCAGGGCCCAUCCUGAGGACCAGAGA